UUUUCUUAUUGCCAGCCGAAAAGUGUUACUGCCAGCCGGUCUCUUUGACUCUGUUCGUGUUCUUCUCGAAUCUUCAUAUAUUUUUUUUACUCUUGGGAAGAGCAAAAAUGGACAUUCUCUUUCUUUAUUAGAAAUGUUUGGCCAUAGGCUAGGGUUCCUGCCAGCCGGCUGGGAUAAAAUGUCACCUUACCUUUUCUUCUUCUUUUCUUCCUUUUUCUUCUCUUUUCUACCUUCAAACCCCGACUUUAAAAAUAUUCUUUUUCUUCCGUGUCGUCACACUUUGCCAAUUCCAUAUUUUGCCAAUAAAGCUAGAAUCCCACAUUUUGCCAAUAAGCGCAUUGACAAAACGUGGAUUUUUCCCUUAUUGGCAAAAUAUGAUAUUGGCAAAAUGUGUAGGAGCCUUUUCUUCUUCUUUACAAACCCCCCAUUAUUCCCUCCCCUAUAUUCCUUUUCCUUUUUCAUUUUAUUUUUUUUUCACAUAUUCCUGUCAUCUUCAAACGAAAAAAAGAAGAAGAUUACUUCUUCUCCUUUUCUACCCUUUUCUCUUUUUUAAUCAACAGGAACGCGCGCAUGUCCUUUUCUCCUUUACUUUCCUCCAAUUUCUUUAAAACCCUUCAUA